CCCGUAGGAUGUCACACCACAGUGAUGACACUAUGCUUAUGCCAAGCAGUGAUAGUUUCUGGGAACCUGGAAACUAUAAGAGAUCAACCAAAAGAAUAGAGGAUGGGUAUAAGUUAUGUACAGACUUAAUAACAUUAGUGCAAGAACGCGCAGACAUAGAAAAGGCCUAUGCUAAGAGUUUAAAGAGCUGGUCCAGAAAAUGGAAUGACUUAAUAGAAAAAGGCCCUGAAUACGGUACAACCCAGGCAGCAUGGAAAGGUGUUCUAGUUGAAGCUGAUAGAUUGUGUGACCUACAUCACAAAGUUAAAGAUGAUUUAUGCAACGAAGUAAUACAGAACGUUAAGUCUUGGCAGAAAGAUACUUACCACAAGUCUAUAAUGCAAAUAAAGGAGAGGAAAGAAAUUGAGGACGCUUUUAAAAAGGCUCAGAAGCCAUGGGCUAAACUUUUAGCGAAAGUCAACAAAGCCAAAACUGAUUACCACAGUGCUUGCAAAACGGAAAAGUCUGCAUCAAACCAAGAACGCAAUGCUAAUGGCGAUAACAGUAUUUCAGUUGAUCAGAUUAAGAAGAUGCAAGAUAGAGUAACAAAAACAAAGGAAGAUGUACAAAGAUGCAAGGAGAAGUAUGAAAUUGCUUUACAAGAGUUGAACACUUACAACCCAAAAUACAUGGAAGAUAUGACUGUUGUUUUUGAAAAGUGCCAAUCACUAGAAGCAGAUCGUUUACAAUUUUUUAAAGAAACUCUAUUUUCAUUGCAUAAGUGUCUAAAUAUAUCCCAGGAUCCAAUAUUGCCACGUCUCUAUGAUGAGUUUUAUCAUACAAUAAGCAAUGCUGAUCAUGAAAAAGAUUUAAAGUGGUGGUCAAACAAUCAUGGUGUUAAUAUGGCAAUGAACUGGCCUCAAUUCGAAGAUUAUACGGAAGAGUUUCGAGAUAUAGCCAAGGGAAAAUCAAAGGACUCCAUCCCUGCAGGAAGCAUCACAUUAAUAAACCAGCGGCCAGUCGGAGAAGAUAUGCCUGAAUAUCCACCUGUCAAUGCGAAGGUUCCAACACAGAGAAAACCAGGGACGACCCCUGCUGUGAAUGCUCGAAUGAUAGAUGGUGGUGAUGGAAAGAUCGAUUUGCCAAAGUCUCCAGAGACGAAGACAACAUCAAGAGGCUUAAGUGACAGUAAUCCAGCUUUGAAUGGUAAUAAUCAAACAACUGAAUCAAACCCAUUUGACGAAGAUGAAUGGGACGAGGGUGGUGAGGUAUUGGUCGACACUGGAGAGCCUGGUGUGCCAGUCAGAGCAUUAUACGAUUACGAAGGAGCUGAAAGUGAUGAACUUUCAUUUAAACAAGGUGACACGUUUGAAAAACUAGAAGAUGAAGAUGAACAAGGUUGGUGCAAAGGGAGAAAAGAGGGCCGUGUCGGUCUUUAUCCGGCUAAUUAUGUUGAACCAGUAGCUUAAUUAAAUAAGAG